AUGCCAAUUGGCAAUGGUCAAAUCGGGGCGACAAUUUACGGUGGCGGGGCAGAGGUCGUGGACAUGAAUGUGAACUCCAUCUGGACAAGGCACUUUCAAGAUCGGACACCACUCAAUGCGACGGAGACCGAGCCUGUUAUUCGGGAGCUACUGCUGAAUGGCAGCAUCACUCAAGGCAACGUCUUGACCAUGGCCCAGAUGAUCCCGACCAACAACUCGCCGCGCGCUUACAGCUACUUCGGCAACAUCAAUCUGGACUUCGGCCACCCUGAUGAGGAUAUGUCAGAUUAUGUCCGAUGGCUUGACACGAAGGAGGGAAUUGCUGGGGUAAGCUACAGUAUCAACGGAGUGAAUUAUACCCGAGAGUAUGUCGCCAGCCACCCGCAAGGUGUUUUGGUAGCGCAAUUUAAGGCCAACAGGCGGGGAGCCCUGACCAUCAACGCCACAAUGACCCGGAUCAGGGAUAUCAAAACGCUUUCGGCCAACGUGGCCAAGAAUAACAAUAGCCUUACUCUAGUCAGCACCAGUGGGCAAUCCGAGAAUGAUCAUCUAAUCGAAUGGACGGGCCAAGCUCGUUUCAAGUCCGAUACAGUGGCAUAUCCGUUCUUCACCAAUGUCGCCGCGUUCUACGAGUGCUACAUUUUCCCUACCAGGAGCGUCGACAUCGCCCCCGCCAUGGACAACCAGCUAACGACCGAGGUGUUUCGCAGCCUCAUACACGCAGCCUCGAUCUUAGAAAUCAACGACACUGCCGUGCAGGCGGCCAAAGCAUUUCUGCCUCUGAUUCAACCCCCGUUGAUCUGCUCGCUAGGCCGGAUUCUGGAAUGGCGCAAGGAGUACAAGGAAAAGGCGAUCGGGCAGAAGCACUAUUCGCCUUUGUGGGCUCUGAUGCCCGGUCGGCGCCCGCUGCUGAACAACACUCUUAGGACUGCGGCCGAAGUGUUCCUGGACCGACGUGUUUCCCACGGAUCUGGGACAACCGGCUGGUCACGGACCUGGCUGGUCAAUAUGUAUGCCCGGAUAUUCUGUGGUGAUGAUGCGUGGGAGCAAUUGACCCAAUGGUUUGCGGUAGACCCCACUCCCUAUAACUUGUACAACACCAAUGAAGGCCCGGUCGGCCCGUACCAGUUCCAGAUCGAUGGCAACUUCGGGUUCGUGAGUGGCGUCACGGAGAUGGUCUUGCAGAGCCAUACUGGGAUCACUCAUCUGCUGCCGGCCUCACCCUCGGCCUUAACCCAGGGAUCAGUGAGGGGCUUGGUGGCUAGGGGCUACUUUGUAGUUGACAUGGAGUGGGAGGCGGGGAAGCUGGUUCAUGCGAAUAUCACCUCGCGUGCUUGUGGGCAGUUGCAACUGCGGUGUAUGAAUGGGUCUUCGGUUGCGGUUAACGGGCAUGGGUAUACGGGUCCGCUCAAGACACAGAUCGGCGAGACGUACGUUGUCACGCUGGUCUGA